ACUAAUUUUUAAUUGAAGCGUCCCCUGUCAUGUGACUUUUGCCAGCAUUUUAUGAGAGAACUGAUUUGUGUCAGGCUGUUUGUUCCUUCUCAAUGAAACUGAGUGGAACGAAGUGGGACAUGGGUUGUUGUUUGGCUGCUGGGGAGGGGGGAGGAAAGGGUGAUAUCACUCCAAUUUGCAGUACAGCAGUAAAAAGUCAUAAAAGUUAAUAAAAGGACCAGUCACAUCACUGUUAAAUAUAAGGCAUGUCUACUGAAGGAGCAGAGUUAACAACAACAUCCUCUGAAGAAGAUCGGUAUCUUCAUCUAUUGCAAAGAAUGAGGAACCGACCAGAAGUUACAAAUUUAAGAGAUUGUUUCCCUUACAAUCCGUCAGUCUCCACAAUCCAAAAUACUGGCUCAUUACCUGAUACUGAGCAAGAUGAUAGUUUUGUAUAUAUUGAAAACGCGGAACGUCUGGGAAACACCAAUUGGUGUCUCUGUGGACACUGCAAGCCUAUGCCAAGUAUUAUGGAAUCCAUUUGUUGCCACGACGAACCGGCAAUAUAUGCAAAUUUACCAACAGAGGAUGGCUGUAUUAUCCAUGGCGACAAGUUCAAAACUGAGUUCCUGGUUAAAGAACGUGCAGAUUGGGCAUAUAAAAUCACUAAUUUCAAAUUACAAAAACAGCCGAAGGAAGAUAAAUACAUGAGGGGUCUUCGACAGGCAACAUAUCGCAGUUUUAGUGUUUGGAUAUAUGGAUAUUUGGGCACUGGAGUAAGGAAAGUUAUUCCGUCUUGUGCAGUUCAUGCUAUCCGAGAUGCAUACCCAGACCCUAACGGAAAAUAUGUGGGGUUUCUGAAUGCGUAUGAUUAUCCGGCAGAAUUUAUGAUUGAUUACUAAAAAUGUUUUGCACUACUGUUUUAAAGGAUCAAAAACACCAAAAAUUUAUAAUGUAUUAAGUAAUGAAAAUAUAAUGUUCAAUUAUCUUGAAAGUCUUUAUUUGCACAACAUGUUUCGGAGGAAUACCUCCUUCAUCAGGUGCUUGUCACUUUAUAACAAGCACCUGAUGAAGGAGGUAUUCCUCCGAAACAUGUUGAUUUGGAAGUAUUGUGGCAUGACUGUGCCAUUUCUCUGUUUGCGAUAACAUAUACUAAGUGAGCGUGGUACCACCCGAACUUUUGGGUAUACGCUAAGUAACCUGUGUGUUUUCUCUCUUUGAAUGGAUGCCCCGAUAACAACAAAUUUGAAUUUUCGUAUACAGAAAGUAGUCUUUCUAAAGCAAACACUAAAGUUUGAACAAAGCAAAGAAUCAGAACAUUAUAUUUUUAAUUAUUCUUAAUACUUUAAUUCUUGGUGUUUAUCUUUUAUAAUUCAUUAAAAUUAAGCAUACUUGUGUUAUGUUAUACUACCUCAUAUGCAAAAAGUUUGCAACACUGUGUUUUGUUCUUAAUGAAAAAUAAGACAAACCUAUUUGAAAUGUUUAAAGUUGAUGAAACUUUGGUUAACAUUGAUGAAAACUUGCACUAAAACUUAUUUGAAGUUGUCAAAUAAUAAAGCAAUGUACAUUUAUACACAGUUUACAUAAACAUUUGUUUAUUUUUGAAUAUUUCAACAAUUUGUAAGUAAAAACAUUUUUGGAAUGUUGACAAAACAACCACGUGUUCAGAUGCUGUACCUCAUAUGCAAUACCUUUAUAAUACUCUUGUAACAGUGUCUUUUAAAGUCUAUGCAAAAUAAGAAAAACCUAAUGAAAGGGGUUACAAUUUUAAAGGAAAAGUAACAUCAAAACGUUUUACAAUAAUAUUAGUUAGAAUACAACAAAAU